CUAAUUCCAUGGAUGAAUGCAGUGAAUGCUCCUUUGUCAAGAGCAAGAGUCAUAAUUAUAAAUAUAUUCAUAUCAUAGACUACUCUAGCCAGAUCUAGAUCUAGUAUAAUAUAUAAUACAAAGGCUCAGGAGGUACUGUAUCUACGGUUCUGCAGCAUGAGCUCUGGCCUGGGUCUCAAGCAGCCAGCCUCCUCCAGCUCUACCUCCCUGGAGCUGAGAGAGAAGCAAGCCAAGAUGGCAAGGAAGGAGCAACUGAAGGAAUAUCAAGAGAGGGAAGCAAGGAUUGCAGAUCCAGAGAAACCAAGGACCUCAAAGGUCACUUUUGAGUCUCGGCAUGUGCUCACAGAUGCAGUUCACAAUCUGGAUAUUGAUCAGAUGCGUGAGAUUCUGGCGAGUGAUUCUGCUUCUGCGGACACUGUGAGUGAAGCCACAGGAGUGAGUCUACUUCAUCUGUGUUGCCUCAAUAACUAUUUGCCUGGUGUUCAAUGUCUGCUAGAGCAUGGUGCUAAUAUCGAUAUCCAAGACAGUGACCUCUGGACCCCACUGCACGUUGCCACUGCGUGCGGACACACGGAAAUCAUCCAGCUACUCUUAGAGAGCAAUGCAGACUGCACUCUGCUCAAUGUCGAUAGAAAUUUUGCAUGUGACAGCUCACGUGAUCCGAAUGUAAGGGAACUACUAGUGAAGCACAUGAGCAUUAAUGGAAUUGAAGAAUCUGAUAUGAGGUUCCUCCGCUCAAGUAUGGCCAUGGCAAUGUUGGCAGCCGUCAAAGAGUGCAUCGUGCGAAUGAUAGACCUCAACGUACUCAACCAAAAUGGAGUAGCUCCAUUGCAUAUGGCUGCGGCCAAUGGGUACCGAGUGGCAGCCAAGCUACUGCUGGAUCUGGGUGGUGCUGAUGUGAACCGUGAAGAUGACCUCGGUUACACAUCUCUGCACAUCGCAGCCAAGUACAACCAGACGAAGCUUGUCUAUCUGUUGCUGUCCAAAGGAGCUGACCCCUCACUGCAGGGGCCAAAGUUAGAGCUCCCUAUUGACAUGACAGAUGAUGACGAAAUCAUUGGCCUGUUAGAAUUGACAGGGAGUAACGAGGGGAGCCUGAUACGUCACUCGAUUCUCCCCAUCAUUGCCCCCCUCACACCGAGCAGUGUGGACACGGUUAGCGUCGACUUGGAGCAGUUUGAGAGCCCACAAACCACAUCAAAAUCACUUGAUCUGGAGACCCCUAUGUCAAAGUUGGAGGCUUUGUUCGAGGGAGAGACCCUGGUAGAGAGGGACAACUUUGACGAGGGUGUGGACGUCUCCACUCAGAGACCAGCCCUACGCAGACUCCGUGGUUCACUGCUCCAGAAGAGGGCCAGUGGAAAUUUGAACCUCCCUGGCCCCUCCUCCACCGACAACCUGGCCACCCUCUCUAACCUCACUGAAGACAUCCUCCUUCUGUUCCUAGGAGACCGCUACGGCAAGGACCAGAUCUAUACGUACAUUGGUGAGAUCCUGGUGGCCAUCAAUCCUUUCAAGCCUCUCUCCAUCUACAGUAACAUGGCUAGCGAGAUGUACAGCAAGAAGCUUCCUGACCCCUCACUCCCACCCCAUGUCUUUGCAGUGGCCAAUCAGGUGUAUCGAAGCAUGCUAGCGGAUCAAAGGCGGCAGACCUGUGUCAUUUCCGGAGAGUCAGGUGCAGGAAAGACAGAGACUAGCAAGCACCUCGUGCAACAGCUCCUGUUCAUAUCACACUCAGUGGAGAAGGAGCUCAACCUGAAAAUUGAGCAGGUGAAUCCCAUCCUGGAAGCGUUUGGUAAUGCCAAGACAGUGAUGAACAACAACAGCUCUCGUUUCGGCAAGUUCCUUGAGCUUUCGUUCAACGAGGAGGGGCUGGUGUUAGGGGCGAGCUUCAAAGAGUAUCUGCUGGAGAAAUCACGCAUUGUGACUCACGGGGUGGGAGAGAGAAACUUCCAUAUCUUCUAUCAGAUGUUUGCCGGGCUCUCGAUUGAAGAGAAAGAAAUGCUGAAACUGGACGAGCCAGAAAUGCAUCGGUGUCUAUCUGGGAUACGGGAGAGUCUUGCAGGUGUACUCACUUCAAAAAUGGAAGAGGAGUUCAAAGAAGUGAGAGACUCUAUGGAGGCCAUUGGCUUCUCCAAACAGGAAGAGAGCAACAUGUUUCAAACACUAGCUGCUAUUGUGCACAUACUCGAUGUGACCUUUAACCCCAGAGAGGAGGGUGUGGAGCUGUCCAAUCCGUCCCUGACGUCAGUGAUUGCUGGUCUCCUCCAGAUUGAUCCGAGGGAGCUGGCCCUCUGUCUGGUUCAGGAGGCAAUGAUCACUAGAGGGGAGGUGAUAGUGCGGUACAGGUCACUGCUCCAGGCCAACGACUGCAGGGAUGCUCUAGCCAAAGCACUCUAUGGCAGAAUGUUUGGUUGGAUUGUCAAUGGGAUCAACCACCACCUGGAGCCGGAGGACAUGGGGUCCAGUCAUCAUACUAGGGUUGGUGUUUUGGACAUUUUUGGAUUUGAAAACUUUGAGAAGAACAGUUUCGAGCAGAUGUGCAUCAACAUAGCCAACGAGCAGCUGCAACAUUUCUUCAACGAGCACAUCUUCAGAUGGGAGCAGGUGGAGUGUCAGAAUGAGGGUGUGGCCACUGAUACCGUGACGUUCGCGUCCAACUUGCCGGUGGUCGACUUGUUCCUAGCUAAGAAUAUCGGCAUACUGUCUCUGAUUGACGAAGAGAGUCGGUUUCCACGGGCAACGAAUCGUACCAUGGCGGAGAAGUUACAUAAGGCACACGGGGGGUGUGAGAUGUAUCAAGCACCUCCUGACAGUGGUACAAAGUUCGUGGUCUCACACUAUGCUGGGCAGGUGAAGUAUGAGGUAGUGGGGUUCCUGGACAAGAACAGAGACACUCUCUCUCCGUCAGUCCUGCAGCUGCUCAGAACCAGUAGUAGUCUUCUUGUGAGAGAGAUCUUUGAAGCCAAGCUCACGCACACGGGCUCAACCACUCCCAGUAAGAGACAGCGCAUGUCCAGGAAAGCAGACUCGCCGUUCUCUCACUUCAAUAGAAAGGCCUCCAGACGUUUUACUAGGUUAUCUCGUAAGACUCCACAAAGAAGUCCAGUAAGGAAGUCAGCUGACACAGGGAGGAGAGUUCUACCCACUGUCGCAAACCACUUCAAGAGCUCUCUAUCUGAGCUCAUGGAGAAGCUCAACUCGUCUUCCCCUCACUUCAUCCGCUGCAUCAAACCAAACUCCACCAAACUGCCCAACUCUUUCGACACGGACUAUGUUACCAGGCAACUGAGAUGCGUCGGUGUCAUGGAAACCACCCGUAUCAGACAGAGUGGAUACCCUGUGAGAUUGCCGUACGGGGAAUUUUUGACCAGGUUCAAAGUACUGAAGGAGUUCUACACGUAUCAGCCGAACCAGCCUCCUCUCACCGACUACCAGGCAGUGGGUGUGGUCUUGGAGAAAGUGGGCGUGUCUGGAUGGGCCAACGGUCUUCAUAAGGUGUUCCUCAAAUUUAACCAUCCCCUCGAACUAGACAGGCACAGUCAGCACGUCCUGCUCCACAUCAUCUCCAUACAAAGAUGGUUUCGAGAACUGAAAGAGUGGAAGUCAGCACAAGAAGCUAGAAGAAUCAAACAAGCAAAACGAGCCGAAUUGUCAAGCAGUGCGAACCAAGUGCAAAAGAACUCUAGUUCAGCCACAUCAAAAGACAUGGCACAUUACAAAAGAAAUGGACAUGAAGAAGGCUGGAGUAAUGGACACCAACAUGUCUCCUCAGCCCAAAAUGUAGGGAAAAAUUCCAAUGACAACAAUUCCAGAGGACAUCAAUCAAUACCUCAAGGCUAUGUUUUACCCACCUCUCCACCGUCCUACGGAGAUUGUUUGAGUGAUGAUGAUGUGAUUGACGAAGAUAUUUACGAUACCGUUGUUGAACAAAACUUUUCUUCGAUAAAGUCCCUUCCCCUCUCUGAAGACAUCAUUCUAACGUCCAAACCCCAACAGCAGAGUAAUUAUGAGAAUAUCUAUGACAGUGCCGAAGGGGCAGUACAGACAGUGUCCGAAGACUACUAUAACUAUGACGAUGAAGAGAUUGUAGAGGAUAUUUAUGAUGACCUCACUUGUAUUCAGGCCAAAGACACGGCACAAAGUAUUCCAGUUGAUGUAAUAGAAGAAGACAUCUAUGACGACACUUGUGUUGAUGUAUUUCGAAGUCUUCAUGCAACCUGCCCAAACACAGAAGAGAUAUAUGAUGAUGCGUCCUCUGCGUUCGAGCAACCCCCUCCUCCCCGUUUGUUUAAGUUAAACGCAAAGCCCCCACCACCUCUCCCCCCCUCCAAUGUGGCUCCAGAUGAGGUGUAUAGUGAUGCUGCUACAGUGUUUCAGUCACCACCAGCGCAAACUGUCACUCAAAGGUUGAUGCCAGAUGUAGAAGAGGAAGCUUUGUACACGGAUGCUACAUCAUUAUUUGAUGCACCCCCAGUACCGAUCAGAGCGCAAGUUAAUUCACAUUCACCGAAAUUCUCCGAGUUUGCUCAUGAGUAUCCAUCCGAAACAUACACUUAUCUUAGUGACCUUGAACUGAAUGAAGCUAUAUCGAGUGUUGAUUCAAGACUGGACCAGCCUGCCCCGCCCCCCCUUCCGUCCCGAAAUCCAAAUCUGAGAAAGAUGGGUAAAGCCACCUCUGUCCCUGUCACUAUCCCGGAAAUUCCACCCAACCUCCCUCGAAGGACAAGCGAGCAACUUUCUGUCUCUCCCCGAAUUCACGGAAACGUAAAGCCUCCUUCACCCAAUAUUCAACGAGCUAUCACCAGACAACGAUCAAAAGCUAUCAAGUCUCGCGAUCACUCUGAGUCUGACCCAGCUGUGAACAUUCCACUUAUCAACUCUCGUCAAUCUCACUCAUCAGGGGGCUCUGUGGGGGGCUCUGAAAGCCGGCUUAGUAGCACCAGCAGCUACAGCGAAGUAUUCUCCCCAACACCCAGAGAAGGUAAAUAUCACGCAGAGCCGUCGGAAAAGUUCCUCCUCCCAUCAAUUCCAGCAGGUGUGACUAUAACUGACUAUGGCGACGGACCGUCAGAGGAAGAUUAUGCCGAAAUUGAUCACUGUCAAGAACUUAGCUUUCAUGAUAGUAACACACCACAGGAUUACUUGACUCCAGUGAAGCAGAAGCCUCAUCGAAAGCUCCAAGUAUCGAGAUCAACUGGAGAUAUGAUACAACGACAUGGAAUUGAUCAUCAUUCAAUUAACAUUAACACCCGACCAAAAGCACCUUUACCCCCAAAGGCUCUGAAUGGUGCUAAAGUGUUAGAUAUUCGCCCCCCAAAGCCACCUAGAGCCAGAAGUACAAGUGUCUCUUCAGGACCCCCUAUUCCUGAACGAAGUGCUCCGCUUUCUGACAUACCAACUGUCCCCCCUCCACCACCACCCAGCAGACAUGCACGCCUUGCAGACACACCAACUAUUGCACCCCCUCCUCGUCCCGCCAGGAAAACUCCGGUGUCUCCACAAUCAUCAUCGAAUGUUCAAGCUCCAGCUUCACCUAUUGCACCACGAGCCCCACCUCGUGCACCGCCCUCCAACACACACCUCGCACCCCCUCCUCCACCUCCACCCCCUCCACAACAAGCACACACCUCUCGAGCAGACGAAUCCACUCCAUCAUCUGGAUUGCUGUCUGGUCUGCAAAGUGUUCAAUUGAAAAAAUCGACUCGACCUCCAUUGAAGCCAUCGCCUAAACUGGAGUCUGGUAGUCCUGGUAAUCUAAUGGCUGAGAUGCAAACGUUUAAACUGAGGAAUAUCACUCCCAAUGCUCCAGCCCACCCCGCUGUGAAUGGCAUACGUUCUCGGCCCAAGUCCCCCAAUUCUGAUGGCUCCACCCCCAUGCCCUCGGUUAAACCACGACACAAAAAACCUCAACCUCCCCUCCCCAGUCGACAAACCACUCCACAGCCACCCUUGGAGAUGUCACCUGGGCCUAAGGCAAGCAAUGUGCCUGAAUGGAAGAGGAGCCUUCUCGAAAAGAAAAAAAGAGAAAAUGAGGAAAUAAUGAGAACCGAGCAGGACUCUGAAGCCAAGUGGGCGGGAGUGCCGGCAUGGAAGCGAAAGAUUCUCGAGGAGAAAGCAGCCAAGAGACAAUGACAUUUGUACUUGUAUUUUGAACAAUAAUAAUAAUUUUCAACACAUUAAUGUUACAGUGCACACUAUAAAAUGAUCAACACACAAAUCAUAUAAAUUAUUUUGUUCAGCAUUAUAAAA